AUGGAAGCUUACACUUCUCUUUUAUCCUUUAGCCUUACUUCCGACGAUAUUUCUUCUCUGGAGAAGCUCUACGAAAAAAUUAUUACAAUUGCAGAUCGGGAAAUGGCGGAGGAGAAGGUCGACCAGAUACUCUCCAAAGCUCGGAAGAGCACUGUGUCUUGUGCCUUGAGUAAAAGCUUAUACAAAAUGGGAAAGUUAGCUUAUAUCCUCGAUGGGGACAAUGUGAGGCAUGGCCUGAAUCGCGACCUUGGUUUUAAAGCAGAAGAUCGUGCUGAGAAUAUAAGGAGGGUCGGUGAGGUUGCAAAACUGUUUGCAGACGCUGGAGUUAUUUGCAUUGCUAAUGUGAUAUCUCCUUAUCGAAGGGAUCGAGAUGUCUGUCGUGGUAUUUUGCCUGAUGGAUACUUUAUUGAGGUGUUCAUCGAUGUUCCUCUUGAAGUUUGUGAAGCAAGAGAUGCAAAAGGACUGUAUAAGCUUGCACGGGCAGGGAAGAUCAAAGGCUUUGCUGGUAUCGAUGAUCCGUACAAAGUACCAUUGAAUUGUGAGGCAACACAGAUGAUCGUAGUGAAAGAGAACCUUAAGGAGUUUGGAACUUGGGAGAAAGAGGCUGGCUGUAAUGAGAGUGAGAUGGAAAAUGGGAGUGAAUAUGCGAGGGGUCCAUGGUAG